UUUCAUCCAAAUGCAAAAAAUAGUCAUUUUCACAAAACCAUUUACAAAUGUUGCUAUCAGCUAAAAAUAGCUAAUCCUUAAAUACUACGGAACAGACAGAACGUCUGUUUUCAUUUCUCGUAACCUAAGUGAUGAUUUAAGUCUAUUUCUGAAAGUUAUUUUAUUUUAAAAUGGCAGUCGUAUAGUGCUUACAGGUAAACUUACAAGUUACAGUUGAUGUUUGACAGGCUGGGUCGUUACAUAACAAUGCAUUACCACCAGCUUUGUUUGUGACACAUCGGGCAGGUCAGGGAACAGUGUUAUGAUUAGGCUCCUGGUUCAGCAUGUCUAUGCAUGUGAUUGCAGAAGAAGAUCGUAAAUGGUGACAGCUGAUUUCGGUGUUUAUGAUUUAUGUUGAGUUUGAUUGCUGCUGAACAUUUUGAUGAUGGAUGAAGAUGAUGACAGUGACGUCGAGAUAAUUGACCCUUCUCCUGAACAGACUGAUGAUGAAGAUGAACUGGUGGACAUAACCGGUGAUGAUAUUCCUGUCCCAAUAAUUGAGGUUCAACUACCACAUAGUCCAGAGUUUGUUGCUUUGCAAGUAGACUCUGAUAACACAACAGAUGUUGAUGACAAUGAUAAUGAAGAUAAUGAAGACACUGAUCUGUUUGAGGAUAAUACAUCAAACCAGGAAAAUAUUCCACUUGAAGUAACCGUCUGGCCAAAUGUUCCAGAAGACAUAGACAAUCAGGAACUUGUUCCAGCAGCAACAUCCAGUCAGGACACCAUUCAACCUGGGACAGCAGCCAAUGAGCAGAGAGUGUCACAAGAGACAUCCAAUCAGCAAGCUGGUUCUUCAGAGACAGCCAAUCAGCAGCCUUUGUUCGUGGCACCAGAAAGUUUUCCAGCAUUACUUGUUGUCCCAGUUAGCCAUCGUGUUUUGACUUCCCACAAUGACUCGGUUUCGGAAUUCCAGUCUCCGAAACGACGGAAGCUUAUGACACCAGAGAAGAGAAAACUGAGUGACUCUGAGGAUGACAGUGAUUGUUGUCCCAUUUGUUUUGAUCCUUGGACCACUUCCGGCACUCACAGACUGGCAUCGUUAAAGUGCGGACACCUGUUUGGUCAGAGUUGUAUUGAGAAGUGGUUGAAGGGACAGGGAGGUAAAUGUCCACAGUGCAAUUCCAAAGCAAAGAGGCAAGAUAUUCGGGUUCUUUACACAAAGUCUAUAAAGGCGGUGGACACGACGGAGCGCGACCAAGCGUUGAAGGAGCUUGAGAAGGAGAGAGAGGCUCGGAGGAGGGUUGAGUUGGAAGGAGCCCAGACACGCUUACAGUACCAGCUGGCUGUCGGAGAGUGUAACCGACUCCGAGAAGAGAUCGACAAACAGAGGAGACAGUUAGAGGCUUUGAGGUCACAGGCCAGUUCGAGUCAGAGUUUGUCGAAUGUUGAGACGUCUUCAUCCUCCAGCAGUCAGUGUUCGUCUGAUGGGAGGUUCGUGCUCGACAGGACUGUCAAAAUAUGGGAGGCUGGUCAAUGUCGUGUGAUAGCGUACAGUCGAGCCCUGGCUGCUGUGGUCAUCUCGCAGCCUUCAUCUAGUCCUCUCUUUCCUGGUUUUGGAGUUAAAAAGAUCAGUGCCAUGGACUUCAAAACGACCCAGUUCCUGACGAUCCACAGCAAAGCGAUCCGAGACAUCUGUUUCCAUCCUGUAGUGGAUGACGGUAUUCUGUUGUCAUGUUCAUUGGACCGGACCAUCAAGAUGACCAGCAUCAUCAGUAACACUGUCGUACAGACAUAUAACAGCCCCACGCCAGUUUGGAGUUGUGUUUGGAAUGCAGAUGAUCGUAAUUUCUUCUAUGCCGGACUUCAGAACGGUACAGUUCUGGAGUUUGACAUCCGCAACACGACCAGCUUCGUCCAGCAGUUGAAUACUGAGAACAGCAAGUCUCCGGUUGUAGCCCUGCAGUACGUGCCACGCGAUCACAAUUCCAGCUUCAGGCCCAGAGGUUUGUUAGUUGGACAACUGGAUCGGAUUAGUUUCUAUGAGAAAAAGACUGACAGCCAGCUUCGUCUUCACAUACUGCCAUUGGAAGGAAGUUUAACGAGUUUAGAUUUUGAACCAAAUCUCCGUCAACUACUAGCAAGUUUCCGACCAACUGGCAAACAGCCGAUUGUCAGACACCAGAUGUGUGAAAUGACGUGUGCUAGUGUUCGCCUUGACUCGAUCGCUGAGAACAUGUGUUCAUGCAACAUCAUCCAGACACUGAAAGGAGGUCGUACACAAACCGUGCUGUCGCGGUCCCGCCUGGUGCCACACCCAACAAACCCACACAGGCUGCUAGUCUGUGCAGGGGACGAAACCAGCACAACACUCCAGAUCUGGGAUUCUGGCACGGGUCAACUCAUCCAACAGCUGCAGUGUCAAGGCUUAGUGGUGGACGUGGUGAUGAUACAUGUGAACCACACCACCUACCUCCUGGCCCUCACAGACAAACACCUUAAGGUUCACAAGUGGAUUGGAAACCAGUAACCACUCGUCAAACACAAAUAGAAAUAGCAAGAGUCAAAGUUUUCCCACAUCCUCGAUAAAUUCCGUAAAAAUGUGAUUGGUCCAACAGAGGAUUGUUGAUGGUUAUGGAAUAUUGAAGAAUGAUAAUGAUUUCAGAGGAACGGAAAGAAUAGCAGAUCUAAAAGUGGCUAGCAUUCCGAAACUACUGUGCUCCAGGAAAACGCGUGUCCCAAUUUUCAGUUAUUAUUGCUAUCACGUUUGAAGUUGCUAUAAAAUUCAAUAACUGUAACCCGUGUGUACAAUUUGUGGGCUAUACGUUGCCUACCAGAAUAUAUCCAGUUAUACAAAAUCAGUUAAAUUAAUUAUAUUUUGUUCUCGUAUCCUUUUUACAAUUACAAAUCUGACUGGUGCAUUUUCAGUGAAGUUCAGUAUAUUAGUAAUUCAGCAAAUGAACAUUGAUUAUCAACCAACCGACCGUUAGGGGUGGGAUGUAGCCCCAUGGUAAAGUGUUCGCUCGAUACGCGGUCAGUCUGGGAUCGAUCCCCGUUGGUGGGCCCAUUGGGACAUUUCUCAUUCCAGCCAGUGCACCACGACUGGUAUAUCA